GUAUGCCACGUGCGCAAUAUCUGAAUUCCUGCGGAUCAAGAGUCAUACGGCGCCCGAGUAUCAUGUAACUCCACGAUUCGCAGCAUCUCCUAUCUCAUCUCUUCGGCACAGGAAAAACUUGCGGGGAGAAAGGGAUGCAAAGACCAAAAUGCCCUUAGAACGACAUUUAAUUUACUGAAGGGCCGAGAAGACUGCAUAAAACCCUAGAAUUGUCUGUGGUGUAGGGUUCUGAGAAAUGGCGGAGAAAGAUGGGGAACUUUUCAUGGUGAGCGAUGGAGAGAUUGAAGAAGAAGAGAAGGCAGGACUAACGAUGGAGAGUAGCGAUGAAGAAGAAAGAGGAGAGAGAGAUAGGAAUUCUCCACCCUCGCCUUUCAGUUCCAGGCAAUGGCCUCAAAGCUUCAGAGAGUCGACUGAUUCUUAUACAAUCGCUGCAUCUCCAAGCUUUGGAAUCCUCCAUCAAACAUCUAGCUAUAGAUACUUGAGUUUAAAUUUGGGCAAAAGUAGCGAGGAUUUGGACCCAAAAUUGCCUCUUCUAUCUGAAAUAAGUGUAGCUGGAAAACAAGAAUCGGAUAAAGAUUUGAGGAAAUCCACAGCGUUGCUAGCAGAAGUAAGUUCGAAGUCCUUGCAUUCGCAGUAUACCGGAGAAGGACACAUUACUCACGGAUGUAGCUUUACUCAGACAGUCUUCAAUGGAGUGAAUGUAUUGGUUGGUGUUGGAAUUCUCUCUACCCCAUUUACAAUCAAAGAGGCUGGCUGGGUUAGUUUGGCACUGUUACCUCUUUUUGCAGUUGUCUGCUGUUAUACUGGUGUGCUCAUGCGAUACUGUUUCGAGAGCAAAGAAGGCAUCCUGAGUUACCCAGAUAUUGGAGAAGCUGCAUAUGGGAAAUUCGGACGCCUUCUCGUAUCUGUUGUUUUGUACAUGGAGUUAUAUUCCUACUGUGUGGAAUUUAUUAUUUUGGAAGGCGAUAACCUUACAAGGCUAUUUCCUGGAGUUUCUUUUGAUUGGGCAGGGGUUCAUCUUGACUCUUUGCACUUCUUCGGAAUGUUAACUGCACUGAUUGUUCUACCAACUGUUUGGUUGAGAGAUCUUCGAGUUAUAUCUUACCUGUCAGCUGGUGGUGUGCUUGCAAUUGUUCUGAUAUUUCUUUCAGUGAUUUUUGUGGGUACCGUGGAUGGUGUAGGAUUUCAUCAGUCUGGUUUGCUGGUGAACUGGCGCCAGAUCCCAUUUGCUAUUGGUGUAUAUGGGUUUUGCUUCUCUGGGCAUUCGGUGUUUCCAAACAUCUAUCAGUCUAUGUCUGAUAAAACAAAAUUUAACAAGGCAAUGGUUGUUAGCUUUGUUUUGUGUACUGCAAUAUAUGGGAGUUUUGCAUCCUUGGGAUAUCUAAUGUUUGGGCAAGGCACGCUAUCUCAAAUAACUUUGAAUUUGCCAAAGAGCUCCAUUGCUUCAAAAGUUGCAAUAUGGACAACGGUGAUCAAUCCUUUCACCAAAUAUGCUUUAUUGAUGAAUCCAUUGGCCAGGAGUUUGGAGGAGCUACUGCCUGUGGGAAUCUCAAAUGAACUUUGGUGCUUCAUCCUUCUAAGAACAACACUUGUCAUAUCAACCGUGGUGGUUGCUUUUAUUCUGCCCUUUUUCGGUCUGGUGAUGGCUUUAAUCGGUUCUCUCCUCAGUAUACUUGUGGCAGUUAUAAUGCCAGCUCUCUGCUUCUUAAAGAUUGUGAGGAAGAAGGCAACAGCUUUGCAGGUUGUUCUCAGCAUCCUAAUAGUUAUAUUGGGCGUCGUAAGCGCAGUCUUCGGAACAUACUCUUCACUAUCGAAGAUCGCCGACACUAUUUGAAUUAAUUGAUCAAGCCAAAACAAUAAAAUAUGCAAUGUGGAAUUCAUCGUAGGGAUGAGAGUUGGAAUUUUUGAAACUGGAAUGAAUGUCCUCUAUAAUGGCUCGCCUCUCAUAUGUGGCAACAUGGCAUAUAUGUGCAAGAUCUAAUCCACUUAUCAGAUGGGUUCCACCAUUUACAUGCCUUAUCUAACAAGGGAGACUGUGGUAAUCAGGUGGGGUACAUGAAUGUGGACCACCGGCCUAUUUCUCUCAACUUUCCAUUUCUUUUAAGUUAGCUUCAGCCCACCUAUGCAGUGUGCCCCCCUUGGUAAGCGGCCUGGAUAUCUCUCACAUAUAGCAUACUGCCACGCGUAAGAGGCCACUACCAUUUCUUUUAAAAAAUCCAUUUUCUGA